CUCUAUGCACCGCUUCCACUGCAAGCCGUCGAGUCUGAGGAAUUGUCCACGGGAUGUGUUGACUUCUGCGAGCUUUGACUAGUGCAGAAUCUCUCGUAACGUGUAGCGCGUUUCUUUGGCUUUUUACCCCUUUACCAGAAGAUGAAGGCUGUUAGUCCCGUCCGCCCUCAGGACUCCUCCCACUCUUUCUUAUCAAGCAGCGGCGUUGGUGGAGCCAGUCAUCCGUCCGCUGUGCACUCUCUGUCGAAGCACAGCGUCAACAUCUCCCGGUGCAGGAUGGACGAGGAGGACCUGUUCUGUCUGCAGUACGACAUGAACGACUGCUACACGCGCCUCAAGCGCCUCGUGCCCACCAUUCCGCAGGAUAAGAAAGUGAGCAAAGUGGAGAUCCUUCAGCACGUCAUAGACUACAUUCUAGACCUGCAGCUGGCCUUGGAGACGCACCCUACGCUCCAGAAAACACAGCCCAGCGGGACAUGCCCUCCACACACGUCCAACCCGAGCCGGACACCGCUCACCGUCCUCAACAUUGACCACCAGAGGACGUCAAUAGUCAAAAAGCCCGAGGACUCUAUUUUAUGCCGCUGAGACAUAAGCACUGCAUUGGUGCACAGAGCUCCACAGGGCGUCAGCAUGGACUCACUCACAACAACUGGAGGCACAAUCACAAAAGGAACCCCCAAAAAAGGAAUUCCAAAAACGAAAUUGACAUCCAAAUGAACUUUCCAUCCCAUGUCGAUAUACAAAAAGACGUGGACCUAUCCCCUAUGAGAAGUUUGUGAAAUGUGCUUGAAAAAAUCGACUAAAACAGACUCCAGUGCAAAGCUUUACUAAAAAUCAUAGUUCGGGACAUCUAUUGUUUAAAAUAGAUGCUUUUUGGGUUGAACCGCAACCUUAAAAUGUUUGUAAAGGUGAAGACAAAGAAGAAAAUUCUGAUCAGAAGAAUGUACAUAUGAAAAGCAAAAGCUCUAUCUAAUACACUGAAGGUAUACUCCAAAUAGACUAUUGUAAUUAUAAGAUAUUUUUAUUAAAUUGUUUCUUUUUUUGUUGUCAUGUAAAUAUUGUGUUUUAGUGAAUGCUCUGCCGGAGACACUUUCACUUUUUUUUUUUUUUUUUUUUUUUAAGAUUUUUAUUUUUAUUUUUUUGUUUUGGUUUAUUUUUAAAUGUAGCAUGUGCGGCUAAAGAGGCAGAGACGCAGAUAGUGCACUGAAGCUGUAGAUAUGGUACCCCAAUUCUCUGCGUCACAUUUUUAAUUUUAAUUUCAUUUUUUGCUUGAAAAUUUCGUACUCGCUCUACGUCGAGGACUGUGUUUCCAAAAUUGUUCCCCAAAAGGCACAGAUUUUUUUCAUUCGUUCAGCACUUCUAACUUAUAAUAAAUGUUUGAAUUGAUCUAUUCUUCAUUCCAGUUUGGUUCACAUGUUUUUGGAGGCAGCAGCCGCUCUGUUGUUGUUGUUGUAAAGUUUUUUCAUUGAGCCGAAUUUACCUCACCUCCCUCGUUGCCAGUACGAGAGGGCACUAUUGUACAUUAUUGUGAGCUGCACUGUUCUGACCUUCACUGGCCUGUGACUUGAGGAGUUGUCAAAACAAUUAAAAACAUUUCCAGGAAGAA